AUGAAGUGGGUGAAGGGAACCAGUGGGAUUGAAUCUAAACCAGUUGGUAGGAUAGGAGAGGGAAUAUUUUCUGGUGUUCUGAAGACAUUGAAUCUUAGGGGUGGAAAGCACUAUGCAAGUAAACACAUGAAGCAACACUAUAAAGAAGCAGAGCAGGCAAACAAUUUAUCAGGUCCUGCGUUUGAAAGUUCAGUUAAGCUGAAAAAUGUCUCCCUUUCACUGAUAUGUGAACUUAUGGACAUGAAUAUAUGUGAUCUGAUAGAAGGAAGGAGAAAGCCAUUGGGAUGGGAUUUCUGGAAGUUUAUCUUUCAGCAGAAUACCCUAAAGUUAGGAGAUUUUGGAUCUGGUAGGAGUAUCUAUUCUAAGUAGCCACAUAUGGAAUGUAUCUCCACGUGCUGGUACCCAGCACCUGAAUGUUUACUUACAUGCGGCUACUAGAGUUACAAAAGUGACAUGUGGAGUGCUGGCUGUGCUUUCUAUGAGAUAAAAAAAAAUUUUCUGCCUCCCUGUUCUGGAUCUAAUGAGCUGGAUCAAAUUGCAGAAAUCCAUGAUGUCAUAGGCACUUCUGCUAACAAAACUCUCAACAAGCCCAAGCAGUCAAGAACUGCAAGUAUUGAUUUCCCCUUUUUAAAAAGAAUUCCACCUCUUGUGCACAAUUUGUCUCCCAAAGGUAUCUCUGUCCUAUAUGCAAUGGUAAAAUACGAUCCUGAUGAGAGAACUGCUGCUUACCAAGCGUUACAGCGCCCUUAUUUUCAAGAACUCUGGGCAGCUGAUACAGAAGCUUUGGCUAUGCACAAAAAGUUAAGAGUACUGGAAACAUCAGGGCAAGGACCUCUGCAUUUGUGGCAAAUUGCAAAGAAAAUUCGAAGAGAGGUAGUAUUGAAGAAACUCCAGGACAAAAAUGAAAACAUGGAGAAUUCUCCUCAUGAAGAAUUACCAAAAUUAAAUCUUUCUUGGGUAGCCAAAUUGACUUCCUGUCCUACUCCUACGUUGCAUUCAAUUUUCUGGGCACCUAAAGGAAGGGUUGAAACCCCUGUGUUAUCUGUUAGAUUUAUUGGAUCAAACAUUGAGGUACAGACUCCAACUUUCAUUAAGUGUAAUAGCAACAUGGGUUCUGAGAAACAGAAGACACUUAAGUGUUCCCCAAAACGCUUCCACUUACCUGCUAUAGAACGACAAGGAGGAAAUUACCACCUUGUAAAGGAUUUGGAGUGUGAGGAGAAGCACGACUGUGCAAACUUGAUGAAGGAGGAGGAGGUUAGUUAA